AUUAGUAAUUCAAAAUUGUCAUUUACGACAUAAAUGAAAGAAAAUAUACAAAGAAUUUUAGGCGUGAACCAAACUGACUCCAUCAUCAGUAUAGUGAAUUUUAUGCAACAUUUUGGUUUUAAUAUAUAGAAACAUUGUCAAUUUUGAUUUAUAUCUUAACGUCAAUAAGUGAUUUCUUAUUUUCAUAAGGAAUCAAAUUAUUACGGUAAAUAAUAUAAAUUACUUGAUAAUCCUUAUAAUAUUUUUUGUGUCGGAAAACGGAAAAAACAAGCAAAAUGGUGCUUAAAGUAUAUAUCAGCGGCAUGAGCGGCAACAAAGAGGUGAAGAAGCGACAACAACGAGUUUUGAUGAUCCUCGACAGUAAAAAUAUCGACUAUCAAGUGAUUGACAUCACAGAGCCAGGAAAGGAAGGUGAGAAAGAAUUUAUGCAAGAAAAAUCAACUAACAAAGGUGCCACCAUCAGUGACCAAGAGCCCAGACACGCAUUGCCGCCUCAAAUAUUUUCAAAUGAGGAAUAUUGUGGUUCUUACGAUGAAUUUGAUUUGUCAAACGAAACGGAUACACUGGAACAAUUCCUAAAAUUGGCACCACCUGUUGAAGAGAACAAUGGCAAAAAAGAGUUGGAUGACGAUGAAUCAAAUGAAAAUGCUGAGAAAAAGUCGGAAGAGGAUUCAGCAGAUGUUGAAAAGAAUGAUAAAAAUGACAAUAAAGACGAAGAAAGUACUGAUGGAAAUGAGAAAAAAGAUGUAGACAUAGAAAAAAAUACUGAAGAUAUCAAUGAUGAAAAUGAGAAAAAUGAAACUGAAGAAACGAAUGAACAACCUGGUGCAUUGGAUAAAGAAAAAGGUGAAACGCAUGAAAAAGAAUCAAUUCACACAGCAGAAAGUGAUGAAGAUCAACACGUUGACAAGGAGGUAAAAUCAGAUGAUGCCACCGAUAAAGAACAGGAUAAUGAAAUGACUAAGAAAAACGUUGACACCACAGAACCCCAUGAGUCAAUUGAAAAAGAUGGCAAAGAUGUAGAAGACAUUGAGAAAGAUAGCGAAGAGCAGGAGAAUUCUGACGAUAAGUCCACUGAAAAAAAUAAGGUUGAGGAUCUAGAUUCGAAUGUGACAAAAACAAAUAAUGAAAAUAAUUCCGAUACCGAAAGUGAAUCCGGUGAUAGCAAGGGUGAAUGUGAGGAACCUAACAAAGAAACUACAUCGAAUGAUGCGGACAAACCUGAAAAACUAACAACAACUGAAGACUCAACAAACAAUGAAAAUAAACCCGAUGACAAAAUUAAAUCUGGCGAUAUCGAAAGUGAAUCCGACAAUAGCAAUAGUGAACAUGGGGAAGUGAAUUCAACGAAAAGUGAAACAAAAAAGCCGAAUGCUGCAGAUAACGAAAUUACAGAUGAUAUGGAUACCGAAUCUCAGUCAGAAAGUGAGAGCAGUGAUUCAGAAUCAGAGGAAAAUGGUACAGCAGAAAAGACUAAGACCACAGAAGCAACAGAAGAGGAACGAACAGAUGAGACUGUUGAAUCAUAGAUUUAAAUGUAAACAAUUCUCCAGCCCCUAUUUCCCAAUUUAUUUAUUCGAAUACCAGCGCUUGCCAUGCGCUGAGAAAUUUAUCUAUGUACAAAAUUAUUUCUAACUUUGUUCGAUGAAUAUUUCAUUGCAAAAUCCAUGUAAUAUUUAUGAAAUAUUUUUGUUUACAAAAAAAAAUUAUCAAAAUUUCAGAAAAUAGAUUUCUCAGUGUGUAUUUACUUGGUUGGUUUUUAAGCGCGAUUUAUCGUUAAUGACUCUUAACUCUGGCAUUUCUCAUAACGAUAAAAUAGCGUUGUUGAGCCACUGAUACGCGUUUUGUUAUUUUCUCAAAUGAUCAAUCUUUCAUUUCAGUUUAAGCCUUCUUCUUUCAUGCAAAAUUUGUAAUGUAA